AUGGACACGCCGCAAGAUAUUUACCUUUCCGAGCUAAAAAAUGUGACAAUUCGCCCGGCAACUGCUGGUUCGCUUGAGGAGGAGAUAAACCGUAUCAUAGCUGGUGGUACGCGUGAACACCCGCUUCAUUUGCUGGAUUUAGACGAUCUAGUAAGAAAGCAUCUGACUUGGCUAAGGUCUAUGCCGCGAGUGACUCCGUUCUACGCCGUGAAGUGUAACGAUGAUCCAGCAAUACUGGCAUCACUAGCGGCACUAGGAACCGGGUUCGAUUGUGCGUCUGAGGCGGAGAUGCGUACCAUACUGGCACUGGGCGUUACACCCGACCGCAUCAUCUUUGCUCACCCGAUCAAAUCUGUGCAAGCGCUGGCAUUUGCGAAAACCCACGGUAUCCGGCGUAUGACGUUCGAUAAUGAGCAUGAGCUGGCGAAGGUCGCACGAGAAUACCCGGAAGCGGAACUUGUGCUACGCAUCCGGCACGACUCGGACCGAGUGUUGAUUGCACUGGGCAAAAAGUUUGGAUGCGAUGCACGCGGUGAUGGACGUCGAUUGUUAGCACGUGCCCAGGCACUCGGCGUUACGGUGAUUGGUGUGAGCUUUCAUGUUGGCUGUGGAAGUUUAGAUGCAGAUUGUUUCUAUCACGCCAUUGAAUCGGCACGCUCGGUGUUCGAUUAUGCUCAGGAUGAGCUUGGAAUGCACUUAUGGCUGCUCGAUGUAGGAGGUGGAUUUCCCGGCGACAACGACAAACCGAUCGAUGAGUACGCCUCAGCAGUGUCGCGAGGACUGCAGAAAUUUUUCCCGGAACACGGGGACAAAGUGUACAUUCUGGGCGAACCAGGUCGGUUCUACGUUGGAUCAGCGGUAACGCUUCUCACCACCGUACAGGGUAAGAAGGUGGUACGAGAUGCGGUCGACAAUGUGCAACAGAUGAUGUACUACAUCAACGAUGGUGUGUUCGGGACGCUGUUUGAUUGGCUCAGUCUGCGUGAGAUUAAAGAUCUGAAGCGUGCGGUUCCGUUGGUGCGGAGAGAGCGACUGCACGAGCGUAUCUUCCCAACCACCAUUUGGGGACCUACCUGUGACUCGACGGAUAUCGUGUGCGAAGAGGUGGAGUAUCCGGAGCACCACAUAGGGGACUACAUCGUGUUCGAGAAUCUCGGUGCGUACGGCAUGACAUUUGCGACUAACUUCAACGGGUUCCCGAAGCCAACGGUGCAGGUGUACGUUAAGGAAGAUACGUGGGCCAUGCUCCAUUCGAUCGCCGGCACGGACUGGAGGCGGAAAACACUCACCUUACUCGAGAGCAUCCUAGCAAAAAGCUCACUAACAUCGCCAACCAAACAGCUUUAA